AUGAGACUUUCGCACUCAAGUUCUUCAGCCCUGGUUGCAAAUAGAGACAAGCCAAUCAAUGACACAUCCGGGGUAAUCUCCUUUAAGAACACCAAAAACCUUGUCAUUCACGGUCCGGACAAGAAAAUCCCAGUCUGGUUGACCAACGUGGCAGCCUCAGGGAAUGUCUUUUCAACUCAAUUGUUGGAUUCAGGGAAUUUGGUGGUGUUUCAAGGUGAUGGCAAAGGGGCCAUUGUGUGGCAGAGUUUUGAUUAUCCUACAGACACCCUGCUUUCUUUAAUGAAACUUGGGGUAGAUAGGAGAACCGGUCUAAACCGGUUUCCGACAUCUUGGAAAUCGCGUGAUGAUCCGGCAAUCGUAGAGUACUCGUCCAAAAUGGAUCUUAUUGGAUGGGCAAUGUUUGGUUUUGCUGUUGGGAUGCUAACAGAGUAUGCAAAUGGCUCAGACUUCCUUGAUCAAGUAAACAUUCUUCUCUCCAAUUUCGGGAUUGUAGACUUGGAUUCUUUAUUUAAAGUAAAGGAAGAUGAUGAAGUAGACAAUUUAGACAUAAAGUUCAAAGUGAGGUGGAAAACAAAGCGUGCAUACUCGUAUCUACCUCCUGAAGUUGCUUUAAAGAUCAAUACCAUGGUUCCUGGAAUCAAGACGAGGCAGCGGAAGACAGCAACAAGUGGCAACGUAUUAUCAGGCUCUGAAGCAUGUCCAGCAGUUAUUGGCACCCCGUUGACGUUAUCUGAUGAGACACAGCCACCAGAUGAUACACAAACAGUGGUGGAGGAGACGCAGCCAGGUGGCGUGGGGGUCAGGAUGAUGCUACACAUACGGAGACAGAUGAAAAUGGAGAUAAAGGUAGUGGAAGGUGGUAAAUCUGCAGAGGAGGAUGACGAGGAUGAUGUCGCAAAAAGUGUUGAAGGGUCAACCAAUGGAAAUCACACAAUGGAAGGGUUGUCAGAUGAUGUAGAUGGAGGUGGUCUGUUCAAGAAUAGUGGAGAAUGGGGGGCUCAAGAGGUCGAUGAUCAGAUUUGCACUAUUGGCUAUAUGAAUAGUUUGAAUGGAUUAGAGUGUGGUAGGCCCAAUAUCAAUUUAGAAGUUGUGUUAAAUGGAGCCCAAUUUGAGCCUAUGACUAAUAGGCCAAGGAGGGUGGUUAAUUCAAAUUUGAGUGACUGUAUAGCCCAGUCCAAGGCUUUGUCUACAGUGGGGAACUCAGCCUUCAAGGAUAAACAACAUAGGGAUGGCCCAUUCCAGAGGGCUACUGCUAGAACAAUGAGAAAUGACGAUCUAAAGAUGAAAGGCACUGAAUAG